AUGCACGCGGUUUCCAAAGCAACCAUGGGCGACGUGAGGCCUCGACCCGGAAGUAGACAUCCAUCCCGGGGGCGGGCCAGAAGCGCGAAGAUGACUUCCGGGUCGCGGCGGCGCGGGCUUUCACGUGGGGUGGCUUGGCCUGCGGGUGGACCAGGAAUGGUCACCAAGACUCAGAAAGUAGACCUGGGCCCACGGCUUCCAGAGAAGAAGAAAAAGAAGAAGAAGAGAAAGAAGGUUACAGAAGUCACAGAACCAGAGACUCAAUACUCAGUCUUAAACAAUAAUGACUAUUUUGUCGAUAUUUCUCCUCCAAGAGUCACAUCCCCCUCCAACGAUGUGGGUGAAGAACAAGUCCCUGAGCUAUCACUGGGCAAGAGAAAGAAGAAGAAAAAGUCCCCUAGUGCUCACUUGGAGGAGCACCUGGAGUCUGAGGUCACACAGAGAGGAUGGAAAAAGUCCCCCAGCCCUAGAAGGCAGGUUUGUGAGCAGUCAGCAGAAUGCCUCAGCGGAGAGAAGAAAAAGAAGAGGAGGAAGUCCUUACCACCGGCCACCUCCCAAGGUUCAUUGCUGAAAACCUCCCCAGACCCCAAGCAUGCUGAGGAGGUAAGCAAAGCCGGUAAGAAGGCCAAAAAACACAGGAAGGAAAAAAAGGUUCUGGACAUUGAGGCCUGCCCUCCCCAGGACUCUUGGUUCUGUGAGGCUGGGGAUGCUCUGUGCCCAUGCUCAGGGGAGACAGAGGGUGAGGAGCAGGCGGCCUUGGGGCAGAAAAGGAAGCAGGGGAGCCCCAGAGAGCACAGCACAAAGAAAAAAAAGAAGAAGACCCACCAAGAGGGAGACAUCCUCCCGAUCCACUCCAAGAUCUCUGUAGAGAGUAGCCUGAAGAAAGGAAGUAAGAAGUUACUCAAAAGCGAAGCUUUGGACUACAUCCCGAUAGACAGCCCAAAGUCCCCUGGGAAGAAGAAAGUGAAAUCCAAGAAAAAGGUGGACCAGCCAGACGGUGAAGGGGUGGCUUUGAAAAGGAAGAAAAAGAAGAGGAAAGCGAGCGGAGUAAAGGAAGACCCCUGGCAGGAGGAAGAAGAGGAGUCGGACACAGACCUGGAGGUGGUACUGGAAAAGAAAGGCAACAUGGAUGAGGCCUGCAUAGAUCAGGUGAGGCGGAAGGCCUUGCAAGAGGAGAUUGAUCGUGAGUCAGGCAAGACAGAGGCUUCGGAACCCAAGAAGUGGACGGGAACCCAGUUUGGCCAGUGGGACACUGCUGGCUUUGAAAAUGAAGAGCAGAAGCUGAAAUUCCUGAAGCUUAUGGGUGGCUUUAAGCAUCUGUCGCCAUCAUUCAGCCGCCCUCCCACCAUGACUGGCAGGUACAACAUGGCCCUGGACAAGAAGUCUUCAGACACACUCCAGCAGAAUCUGCAGCAGGACUAUGACCGGGCCAUGAGCUGGAAGUACAGCCGUGGGGCUGGCCUGGGCUUCUCCUCUGAGGCUCGCAAGGUCUUCUACAUUGACCGGAACGCCUCCAAGUCUAUCAAGUUGCAAGAUUAAACUUUAUUUCCCUGUUCCUAAAACUGCAUUUCUUGAUCAGUUUUCCAUCUGCCAAGCUGGCUUGGAUCAGUCACCUGCAGAUAAUGAGGACCACUCGUGAUUUUGGACAAGCAGGUGGAAGCUGCUUGUGUCAGGAACCAGUACC